UUACAAUUAUAUUUGGAUGGAAGAUUAGUACCAAAUAAUCCUGAACUGGUGCAAAUUGCUGAAAAUAUGCCUAUGGUACAUUUAUCUGUUAAAAAUCAUGAAUUUGUUCGUACUUCAGUUGGCGCUUGUUGGCAUGGACGUAGUGCUCAAUUCGCUCAACAUUUUGUCGGUUAUCUUGCUGGUUUAACCUUUACAAAUGGAUAUAUUCAAUCAGAUGAGGAAAUACUUUGUCUGAUCAACUGUGAACCACGUCUAAUUAUCAACGAUCCAACAUCAAUCAGUUCAAACACUAAUCGUUUCGAUACAACAAAUAUUCGUAAUUCUCAUUUGAAUAGUAUCAUUAUUCAAGCUAAAAGUUUAAAUGAAUUAUCGAAAAUUCUAAGAAAUGUGACAUUUUACAAUCCAAGGUUACAAUAUAAACCACGAUAUCGACCGGAACCAGUGGCUAUACAAUUAAAUACUUUGUUUGCCUAUGCAACAGAUUGUGAAAUACCCUCAACAUUUAAUCAAGUAAUUCUAAUUAGUCCAUUACCUCCAACUAAACAAACAUUAAUUUUACUUGAUACAUUGAAUUCAAAUAUUCGUACGGAUCGAUACAUUCAUAGGCGGUACCAUAGUCAUAAUCAACCAAAUCACGGUUAUCAGCAAUCGAAUGUUCAUCAAACGACAGAAAAACAACAACAAUUCCAUGAGUAUGAACAGAAACAUGAAAAAGAGAUCCCUGAAAAACUGUCUACCAUUAAGUUACCAGCUUCUACUCAACUAAACCAAUCGAUACGUCAGUCAUUCGAUGAAAUAUCAACAUCAUCAUCAAUCAGUUCACUAGUACUGUUUAAUACAGAACAAUAUGAACAUAUGAACAAGACAUUCACAUCGAGAAAUGUCACAUUAAGUAGUUUAUCUACUGGAGUCUAUAUAUUUCCAUACAUAACAAUCAUGUGGAAGACCCCAUUGGAACUGUUGAAUUCACAUAAUACAUCUUCAGAAUUUGAGCAAACAAUUUCAUCAUGUACUAUUGAUUUAUGCAAAAGUGAUCCAUUCAAUACUGUAGACAAUAUUCUAUCUAUUUCAGAAUAUAUUUUGUUAAAUCCUAAAUAUAUCAAAAAUGAUAUAAAAGUAUAUCAACGUUCAAAUGGAUUUCUUAUUCAUGGUAAUUCCGGUGUAUUAAGUUAUAUGAAUGCAUUGAAACAUAUUCAAUGGUUAUGUAAAGAUGAACAAAUUAAUUUGACUAGACGUUGUUUUAAUGUAUCAUGUGAAGCUAUAAUUCAAAUCUAUGAAAAGGAUCAAUUCAUAAUAAGAAAAAUUCAUAGCAAUACUAUGCAAUCUGAAUUUAAUAUUUAUCAUGAAAAAUCAUCACAGCCGUCGGUUAUUCCAUCAAGCGUACAACAGCAUUCAACAACAUUAUAUUUGAGAGGAAAACCUCGUCUGGUAAAUAAAAGGGAUAUAAAUAGUCUUCAGCCAGCUAUUCAUUUACACAAUAAAGCAAGCACUUGGAGUAAGGGUAUUUUACUGCUUAUCAGCUCUUCAAUUAUAGCAAUUCUCUUAAUAUUAUUUGUUGCUAUGAAACGAAUUCAUCGUGUUUAUUUAAAAUCAGAUCAGUUUAAAUCAAAAAUUCAAAAUUUUCAAAUAACAUCAUUUGAUCAUAGUAAUUCAUUAAAACAAAACUAUUUAAUAAAACAACAAAUGAAUAAAUUACAAGAUGGAAAACAGUUAGAAACUAGUGCUGAAAAAUUAAAAAAUUCAAAAUUGAAUGAUUAUAAUUCUCAAACGAUAAUAAAUCAUCAUCAACAGCAACCACAACAACAAUAUGAAAAUGAACAGAAAGUUCAACCGAUACGAAUUACCCCAAAUCCAUUUAUGAAUCAAUCUAAUAUGAAAGAAUAUGAAGCCAAAACUAUUUUAUUGGAUGAAAAACGUUAUGAUGCCUCUUUGAAUAUGUCAUCAUCAAUAUAUAACAAUAAUAAUAAUAAUAAUCUUAAAAGUGGAUCACCAAUUGUAUGUAAUCCAACAAUUCAAUUAUAUGAAAAUCCAUUAAGAUCUGAUGAAGAAGAUGAUGAUGAUUUUCAAUGUUCAUGCAGUGAAAAUGAUACUGAUGAUCAUAUAACUUUAAAUAAUUAAUUCAAGAAAGAAAAGAAUCUAAAUGAAUUCAGCAAAGAAGAAGUUGAUGAAGAACAACAACAACAACAACAACUCAUAUAAGACAACAGUUAGACAAAAACAACAUGGAUACAUUGAAUUUCUUUACUCUACUCAUUUAUUUCUAAUAAUUAUGAUAAAUAAUCUUUAUAAUGGCAUUUAGUUUAGGCUUAUCUUUCACAUUCUUGUUCAGUCAAUAUGUUUACUUUAUUAUUGAUUCAUUUUAUUGAUUAAGUUAUUUAUCAAUUUUUUUUUUCUUUUUCAAUAUGUUCUCUUAUCGGUGAUCUUUGUCAUAAAAAGGGGAAAAAAAAAAUUCUUUUUCAUCAUUUAUUAUUUGCACUUUAUACCCCCUACCCCAUCACAAUCACCAUCACCACCACUUAUACCCUGCAUUACUCACAUAUUACAUUUUUGCACUGUUUACAAUAUUUUGGUAAUCAUAGUCAUACAUAAUGAGUUUCAAAGUACAUUCACUACCUGUAUGGCAUUUAUUCGUUAUUUAAAAGAACUAAUUUUUUUUUCCAUUUUGCUGAGGGGGGGGUGUGGCUGGAUGUUCUUUCGAUAUAAUUUUUAAUUAGUAUUAUUUAUUUUAAUCGUACUUUUAUUCAUGAAUUUAGUUGUUCAAAUUGUUUGGUAUUUAGUUCACUAUUCUAUACAUUUUCAUCAUAUCAUCAAAUAGAAAUAUAUAUAAACGUAUACAUUCAUUCGUAUGUUAUUCAGUUCAUUGUUGUUAAUUAUUAACGUUCUAUGAGAAAAAUGCUAUCAUGAGUUUGUCCAUGUUGAAUGUUUCUUCUAACGAGUCCCAAAUGGAAUGAAACAUGCGUCCUGAAUUUCACUGUUAGCCACUAAUUCAUCUUUGCUUUAAAAGCUUGUGACUUAAGGCUAUAUCAAGGCAAUCCUCACAGAAUGUACAUAUACCAACAUGAGAUUGAUUAAUUGCAGUCCUAAAUAACACUGGGUAGAUACAAGUAAAACAAUACUAAUUGAAUUUAACAUAUUUAAUGUUUAUGUGAUUUGAUUUUGUUUCAGUAUCUAAAACAUUUAGCCUAUUAUGAUGAUGAUGAAUCUGUCAAAUUAAAAAAUUGAAAUUAGGUGAAUCAAAAAAUACUAAAUAAAUACAACUAAUCCGUAAAGGACUAAUCAUCUAGCUGAUAUUUGUCAUAGUUCUGAUCACGGUUAUGUAAGUUAAGUAAGCAGUACCAUAUUUCUGUUAUUUUUGGAUGUAUUGCUAAUUCAGGAUUACACGUAGAAAUCACUGAAGUUCCUACAGCC